UUACCUCAUUGGUUAAAACAACUAAGGUUUACGGAUUUCUAUCUAGUUCUCGAUAUAAACAGCAGCAACCAAAAUGUCCGAUGGCGAAGAAGAUCAAACUGCAAUCGUUUGCGACAACGGAUCUGGGUUAGUUAAAUCAGGUUUUGCAGGCGAUGAUGCGCCCAGAGCUGUUUUUCCAUCCAUCGUCGGACGACCAAGACAUCAAGGUGUUAUGGUUGGUAUGGGACAAAAAGAUAGCUACGUCGGAGAUGAAGCCCAAAGCAAGAGAGGUAUCCUUACUCUCAAAUAUCCAAUUGAGCACGGAAUCAUCACUAACUGGGAUGACAUGGAAAAGAUCUGGCAUCAUACCAUGUAUAAUGAACUUCGAGUUGCUCCUGAAGAACAUCCAACUCUUCUCACUGAAGCUCCACUCAACCCCAAAGCUAAUAGAGAGAAGAUGACACAAAUCAUGUUCGAGACGUUCAACGUCCCCGCAAUGUACGUUGCGAUCCAAGCUGUACUUUCUCUAUAUGCAUCUGGUCGUACAACUGGUAUUGUGAUGGAUGCUGGUGAUGGUGUAUCUCACAACGUCCCAAUUUAUGAAGGAUACGCUCUGCCUCAUGCCAUCGCUCGUUUGGAUUUAGCCGGUCGUGAUCUCACCGACUACUUGAUGAAAAUUUUGACCGAGAGAGGAUACUCUUUCGUAACAACCGCAGAAAGAGAAAUUGUCCGCGACAUCAAAGAAAAAUUGUGCUAUGUCGCACUUGACUUUGAACAAGAAAUGGCAACAGCUGCUUCAUCAACUUCUCUUGAAAAGAGCUACGAACUUCCCGACGGUCAAGUAAUCACCAUCGGAAAUGAACGUUUCCGAUGCCCCGAAACACUUUUCCAGCCUUCAUUCAUUGGUAUGGAAUCAGCUGGUAUUCACGAAACUACUUACAACUCAAUCAUGAAGUGCGACAUCGAUAUUCGCAAGGACUUGUACGCUAACAACGUGCUCUCCGGCGGAACCACUAUGUAUCCUGGUAUUGCUGAUCGUAUGCAGAAAGAAAUCACUGCCCUUGCACCAAGCACAAUGAAAAUCAAGAUCAUAGCCCCACCAGAAAGAAAAUAUUCUGUAUGGAUUGGAGGUUCAAUCCUAGCAUCUCUUUCUACCUUUCAACAAAUGUGGAUCUCAAAACAAGAGUAUGAUGAAGCAGGUCCUUCCAUUGUCCACAGAAAAUGCUUUUAGAAUAGAAAAUUGUUUUCGAUAUUCAUGACUGCGAUAAUUUAACUUUUUCGGUUAAACAUUUGUCUGUUUUACUCUUGAUUUUUGAAGACUUUUAUUGAAAUAUUAUCAGUCUAAUUUCCGUUUUGCUUUUCGAACACUCGUUUCAUCACUCGGUCUAUAAUUCUCACUCUCACUUUCUUUCUACUCUUUUUUUUCUUCUCUUCGCCAACAAUUUUCAUACAAUCUACUUCUUUCUCCUUUAGGCCCUAUUUUUAUCCAAAUAGUAUAUUUUCUAGUAAGGUUAUCAAAAACUUAACAAUACUAUAACUACGGAAGUUACAAUAUAUAUAACGAUUAUGCGUUAAUAGUAUUUAUUCCAUACCAAUUAUCGAAUUAACAGGUCUAUAUUUCAACGAAACACUUUAAUUAAAUUGGACUAAUUGCAAUAGUCGAUAAUAAAGUAUACAUUCUAAUAAAUAUUUCGGUAGCAUAAAAAUAGCAAAUUAAAAAUUAUUAUUUGAAUAAGAAAUUGCCUCUGUUUGUUGUAUAAAAUAAACAAAUUGUAGAAAAAGUUUUGUUCGUGCAGAAAGAUGCCCAAUCCACAAAAAUGGCA